AUGGCGGACAAUAUCUACGAUGAGAUAGAGAUCGAGGACAUGGUCUUCGAUCCUGUCCUCCAGAUCUACCACUACCCAUGUCCCUGUGGCGAUCGUUUCCAGAUCGCCAUCGACGAUUUGCGCGACGGCGAAGAGAUUGCCAUCUGCCCGAGUUGUAGCCUCCAGAUCCGCGUGAUAUUCGAAGUGGACGAACUUCCCAAGCCCGAAGGCGGAGAG